AUGACCCUCCCUCCUCUCACGCACAACCUUGCACGACGCACUCGACCGGCCGAUACUCUGCUCUCCACCUCCACCUCCACCUCCGUCCCACCUCCCCUCGACCAUCCACCCGCCCGACGACCCCACCCCAUCCCACACGUACAAGCACGAAGCGAGAACGAGCGGACGACCCAGCCGGGUCGCUCACUCGUCCGCGUCCGCUACGGGCAAGGCCCCGGCCAGCUCACCACAGCAACAGCGUUUCCCGGCCGUCGUGAUCAGGCUGGCUGGCGACAGCGGCGGGGGCUGCUCGUCGUCUCGGGCCGUCCGGGGAUAGCACUGCAGGGCGGGACGUUGGACGUGAUGUGUCGCUGUCGCAGUCAGCGAGUCGUCCCCACCCCCCCCAGGGUGUGCCGCAAUCUGACGCGGUGCGCCGUCGGCAGGAAGCUAACCCAACGACGCUCGACUAGGUAG